GGGGCGCGUCGGGGCUCCGCCCCCGGCUCCUCCUCUUCCUCCUCCUCCUCCUCGGCCGCCUCCUUUCGGCGCGGCGGUGGCCCCGCCCAGGCCCCGCCCCCCAGGCGCGCCCCCGCCCCUCCGACGCGCUCUCUUCACGGCGGCGGCGGCGCCUCCAUUUUCUCCUCAGCCCGCCCGGACGAGACUCGCCGCCGCGGCCCCCCCAAGGCCCAGGCCCCGCCCCGCCCGCCGCCGCCGCCGCCGCCCCCCCGGGACCACGACCCCCGCAGCCGCCGCCUCUUCGUCCGAGCCAUGAACGAGGAGUACGACGUGAUCGUGCUGGGCACCGGCCUGACGGAAUGCAUCCUCUCCGGCAUCAUGUCGGUGAACGGAAAGAAGGUGCUUCACAUGGACCGCAAUGCCUACUACGGAGGUGAAAGUGCGUCUAUCACACCCCUGGAGGACUUGUACAAACGAUUUAAUCUACCUGGAUCUCCACCGGAGUCAAUGGGCCGAGGACGAGACUGGAACGUGGAUCUGAUUCCCAAAUUCCUGAUGGCUAACGGUCAGCUGGUCAAGAUGCUGAUGUACACCGAAGUGACUCGCUACUUGGACUUCAAAAUGAUUGAAGGCAGCUUUGUCUACAAGGCGGGGAAAAUUUACAAAGUUCCUUCAACUGAGGCUGAAGCCCUGGCCUCCAGUCUGAUGGGCCUGUUCGAAAAGCGGCGUUUCCGGAAGUUCCUGGUGUACGUUGCCAACUGCGACGAGAACGACGCCCGCACCUUCGAAGGAAUCGAUCCCAAGAAGAACACCAUGCGGGACGUCUACAAGAAGUUUGACCUGGGCCAGGAUGUGAUCGACUUCACUGGCCAUGCUCUGGCGCUGUACAGGACCGACGACUACUUAGACCAGCCUUGUCUAGAAACCAUCAACAGGAUCAAACUGUACAGCGAGUCUCUGGCUCGAUACGGCAAAAGCCCCUACCUGUACCCUCUCUACGGCCUGGGAGAGCUGCCGCAGGGAUUUGCAAGGUUAAGCGCCAUCUACGGAGGCACCUACAUGCUGAACAAGCCGAUUGAGGAGAUCGUCAUCGAAAACGGCCGAGUGGUUGGAGUGAAGUCAGAAGGAGAGAUCGCUCGCUGCAAGCAGCUCAUCUGCGACCCCAGCUACGUCUCGGACAAAGUUGGUGGGCAAGUAAAAGCCAUCCAAUCAUCUGUAUCCUGGAACCAUCUGAUCAAGGAAACACUUAACGAGCCUAACCCCUGCUAAAUCAUCUGGCCCCUCAGAACCAGGGCUGGGCUGAGGAAGUCGGACAUCUACGUCUGCAUGAUCUCUUCUGCACACAACGUGGCAGCGCAAGGGAAGUACAUCGCCAUUGUGAGCACCACAGUGGAGACGAACGACCCGGAGAAGGAAAUCAAGCCCGCCCUGGAGCUGUUGGAGCCUGUUGAGCAGAAGUUUGUUAGCGUCAGUGACCUGUUUGCACCAACUGACCUGGGUCGAGAGAGUCAGAUCUUUAUUUCCCGCACUUACGACGCAACCACCCACUUCGAGACAACGUGCGACGACAUCAAAGAUAUUUACAAGCGGAUGAUGGGCGUAGACUUUGACUUUGAAGAGAUGAAGCGGAAGAAGAACGACAUCUACGGCGAAGACGAGCAGCAGCAGUAGCCGAGGGGCAGAGGCCCGAACCCAUGAUCUCGGGAUCGUCGGGCGGGUGCUAAAGCAGGGGAACCUGCUGAAGCCAUGAAAGCACCGCUUUCAAGAAAUCCAGAAUAUUGUGGGCGCCAGCUUUUUGUAAUCCCGUCUCUGAGACUGAAAAAAAAACAAAAACCCGAGUCCCGCACUGGCAACAAAAAAAUUGCUCCCCCCCCCCUUUGGAUGUAAUCACGUGUCAGCUCUUUAAAAACGAGGCUGAUGUGUCGAAAACGGUCGGAUGCUGACACACUUUGAUUUAGCUGUCCCUAACUUUGGCUAAAGAUCAGCGGCUGUUAAAACGUCUCUUGCUGAUCUCGAGUCGCGGAGGACUCAAACACCCGCAUUGCCUUUUGUUAACCCCCCCCCCCCCCCGCGUCCGUUUGCUUUCUGUCCCAAGUGGUGGAGCCCCUCCUGACCACGGGUGUCUCGAACCCGUGCGUGCCUCCAAUAGGGGAGGAGGAGGGACUUCAUCCCAAGCAGCCGUUCCCCACGUGGGUCUUAACUUCAUGUCAAGCCGUUAUUGUGGCCCAAGUCCACAGCAACUGUAGCCCCACGGCAGGGUUUCUCCCGAGCGCACCCCUCUCUUUCCCUGUCCACCCCACCCCACCCCACUAAAAGCUUCUCAAACUGUUUACAUCUGUCGGGACACGGCCUCUCUUUGUGUUUUAAAAAGCGAUGCUAAUAAAUUGGUGCAAGAACAAAAAAAAAAUUCCAAAGCAGGCCAGCUGUGUACAUCUGUGUUUGCAAGCAUUUUUCUUUUCCCGCCUCCCAUUCCACACGUGGCUUCUCAGGUGGACCAAGCUGCACUGCGGUAUCGAUUUGACGGAGCCGGGGCUUCUGUCCAGGAAAGGCUCCAGAUGACUUCUGUACUGCCAAGUAAAGCCAACUUUCUGGAA